GUCCGCGGGUGACGGCUCGGCUGCUCCCUGGUGCUAGCUACAGCAACAGUUACAAAAUGCAAUGAAAACUUCACUAGAAUCCUGUGGCAUAAUAUACGUGAAAAUGCAUUGUACCCUACUACAUAUGUCGGCCAUAAUGGGAAGAGCGCCGGUGGUAAGUAGUAAGCAGCACAUGAUCGCCAUGGGUAGUGACCAACACUUUUGCCUGCGGUGGAACAACUUUCACAGCAACAUUGCCACAUCAUUUGAGCAUCUGCGUGACCAUGAAGACUUUGUGGACGUGACACUGGCAUGUGAGGGGCGCAGUCUGAAAGCUCACAAAGUGGUGCUUUCAGCCUGCUCCCCCUACUUCAGAAAUUUGCUCAAGCAAAAUCCUUGCCAACACCCCAUCAUAAUUUUACGAGAUGUGGCAUAUGUGGAUAUGUCGGCUCUUCUGAGCUUUGUGUAUCAAGGUGAAGUAUAUGUGUCACAAGAUAGACUCACAACCUUUUUACGCACAGCUGAGAUGCUCCACAUUAAGGGACUUACAGAACAAAAUCAGCAGCAGUCUCACAUAGCGGCACACCAGUUACAAAGAGAUCAGGGAGGAUUGGUAAAUAAGGUGGUGAGUAGCCUGGGUGCUGUAGCUGUCCAGGGUCCGUCCUCACCACGCUUAAGAUCCACACCUUCACCUACUAGCCAUGUACUCCAACAGCCGUCCCACAUCUCACCACCACCCAAGAAACGCCGACCAGACAGCAGUCCAACCCUUAGCUUGCCAGUUUCCACCGCAGCACCUUCUACUCCACCCCGCUCAGAUGUGCCCUCAGCGCGAAUAGAACUAAGUCCUCGUUUGGAAAGUUCUACGUUGGCCGCAGCCCUCACAAAACCUCUUAACCCAGUCAGUCAGAGAGGGGACAACACAACCAGAAACUCACAACCUGUACCUCCUGCACAGUUGCCCCCUCCCCCACUCUUAGCAGCCCAACUAUCCACUCCAGAUGUGCCAAAGGUAAAGCAGGAAGAUGAGAGUGAAGUGGUUGUGGGAGAGGAGGACAGCCAUAUACCAGAUCAAGCAGUAAAUCUUGUAACGGAAGGCUCUAUUUUACGGCAACGUAUCCAAGGCUAUCAAGGAAGUAGCGAGGCACCCUCAACUCUACCCCCACCACCCAACAUAAGUUCCAGUAGUCGCCCCACACAGGCACUACUACAUCAUCAUAUAGUUAAAGACGACUCCCUUAGUGAUGACACGAACAUUGGGGAAAUGGGGGUAGAGAUGGGAGACGGAGGUGGAGAGAAGGAAGCUCUAAGCAGUCCACCACCCAUGGUGAUCAGACCACCACUCAUGGGUCUUCUACCAAGAGAAGCUGCAGGGUUAUAUGCGGGUCCGGGAACGUCAGGGUCUUUAGGUCAGCAACAUGAAUCUUCUCAAGAACCACGUAAUGGCGGGCUGGGGGAACACUACGCAGGACUGGACGCUGAAUAUCUGGUGCGGGCAUGCGUUCCCAAGCUUUGGAACAGCCGGCAGCCAGGCAUCUGUCCCAUAUGUAACCGCGUCUUCAGCAACAAAUUCAAUCUGAAACAGCACAUUAUCAAUAUUCACACCAAGGGUGAGGGGGUGGAGUGUGACUUGUGCCACAAAAAAUGCAAAAACAAGUGGUACCUGCGACGCCACCAGGUGACCCAUCAUGGGGCUCCUCUUAAACGAAAUCGCAACUACAGCAUGGAGAAGUAUGUGAAUGAUGAAAAUGAUCAGGGAGCAAAGGACACAACGUCCGAGUAGCAGUCCACUCGUCACUGCAUGUGUUCAAGGGCAGGAGGAGUCGGGCCCUACUGCUCUAGACUCUGCAGGAACAUAUCAAUAAGCGUAUUUGGGUCAGCCAUCUUAAACCUGUUAAUAGAAUCUUGCUGCUUUUAUUUAUGAAUCAAGAGAUUGAGUAUAAUAAAAUUAUUUUGCAUAAGAGUUUAUAAAUGGCUGACCUGGUACAUCUUUCUCCAAAGAGGCUGAUCAUAUUUUACUUAGGUAUUCAGCUUUUAUGAGCUGGCAGAGUCUUUACAAUGCCCUCAGUUUUCAUUCUCAGGCAUAAAGUAAUAACAUAAGUGCUCAACAUUUACAGUAUAGGCCUAAGUUAGAAAGAUAAAUAUCAUUACUUAAAUGUCAGAGCUUUGGAUGGCAUACAAGGAACCAUGGCCCACUUGAGUAUUGGUAAUGUGUUGGUUCGUUGGUGAGUGGAUGGUCAGAGUAUCCAUAGUGUUUGAAUGGAAUAUGUGAAUCUUCGCCACUUGCAUAGGGUAAUUGAUGAAGUUGCAAGAAAUAUAUGUAGAGCUUGUUCUCACUUGUGUAUUGUGAGAAGUUUGCAAUACAUGAAGUUCUUGAAACAAAUGCUUUACAUGAACCUCUGUUUUAUAUCCCAGUGUAACAUGGAGAAGUUUUUUAACCCUUCUUUUCCUCUGUACCUAAUUUGUGCCAAAAAUUUUAAUAUUUUCCUCCAUUAGCUGUUAAUUGGGAAAUAAGUACCACUUGUUUUCAGAAGCAUCAGGCAAUCAAGAUUUUGCAUUUCCAAUUUGUGCAAGUUUGAGAUGAUGUGAUGACAGGGAAACCUGCAUUUUGAAGUGUUUUAUAUGCAUAUAGCAAAUGUGUACAAACUAAGUAGAAAAAUCACAUUGUCUCUGAGUGCAAAGAUACUGUGCCACUUAUUCGUAACUUCUAUGUCUUCCAAAGGCUACGACAAUAUUUAACCAGUAUGUUCAUGUGUAUUAUCAUAGAGGUAGCUGUUGUUUGUCAAUUUCUGAAAUACCUCAACAAAAUAAGAAAGUGGUUGUUAGUGUUUACUGGGCUUAUCUCCAUUGCAAAUAUUGCUCUUUCGAAGUCCAACUAAACAGUGCUGCUCCUUCUACACUAUAGGGAAUGAUUCAGCAUAGUGAUGAUCAACUCACUGUUUACCUGUGGUGAUGAAGAGCUUAGUGAUGAAGCAUUUUUGUUUGUGUGUAUGGUAUUGUGGAUGUUGCAGUUUAUCAUGGGUGGCAGUCACAUUGGUGUAUAAUGACAUUAGUCAAUAUUCCUGGUAUUUUAUGUUUACUGUAGUUGCUUCAAGUGCUGGUGAUAUUAUGUAUAAUGGCUCCUGGUGCUAGUGACUUUAUUCAUAGGGAUCCUGGAGAGGUUAGCUAUUGCGACUCAUGGUAUUGUAUUCUCUAGUGAACUUAGAAGCUGGAAGGGUUAUUAUUUACAAUGACUUAUUUCACUUAUUACCAUCUUUCUGAACCCCUCUUACUAGUGAUGGUGCCUCUGAUGGUCCGUGACACCGGAGACAUUUUAUAUAAUGGAAACUAGUUCUGGUAUUAUCUAAAAUCAUAUGUUGAAGAUGUCUUGUAUAAGUGGCUGCUGGUACUGUUUGUUCCAUGGUCUUGUGGGUGGUGCUGGUGGUAUGUUUAGUGGUGACUGGGUGUAGCUAAUGCUAUACUGUACUUGACGACGAUCAUUUGCCAUGGCCAUGGUUUCGCUUGGGCCACCAUCAUUUGUGUUCUUGGCUAUUUGUUGUCAUUGCAUGUCAGUGAUGUAAGUAGAUAAACAAAUUAUAGAUUAAAGUUUUCAAAGAGUAAUUAUUUGCAAUUUAAAAAUCUAUGUACAAGUUAUUAUUUAAGUGUAAUUACAUAACGUGUAAGAGAGAGUGAAAACAGAAAGAAGUUUUUGAAAGCAGAAAUCAAUAGAGCUAGAGGUUAUAGAGGUUUUAAACUACAGAAAUAUUUAUAAAGGAUUAUGAAGUUUUUGGCAGUAUAGUUGCAGAUGGAUUAAACUGCAAGAGGUUGUGCAAAAGAUCACUAGAUGUCUCAAAACUAUUUAUAAUAAAGUAUACAAUGAGGAUGGGAGUAGAGAAGCAUUGCUCUCCAUCUGUAACUGCAAAUAGCCAAUAACAAAGAUGAAAGCACACAUUUUAAAAGUUAAUACUCGAGAGUUUACGCAUCUCUUUAUUUUGCUCUGGUUUGCAUACAAAAAAAAUUAAAAAUAUUCUAGUAAUGCAAUAAUUUUAUAAUAUCAUAUAUUUAUUCCUGUUUUUAAUAGUCAUAAUUUUUUUUUUUUUUUUUGUCAGCACCCAUGUCACUUGGGCAUUACCAGAAGUGCUGGAGCAGUGUGUAUAGAACACUGAUGAAUAGAUACCCACAUGUUCAAGGGAAAACCAGUUUUCAGUACAGAACAAAAAUAAUACUAAUACAGUAUAUACAGUAAAUAUAAAUUUAAAUUAAUCUCGAGCCAUAUAACGUCCAGAGCGGCGCAGCAAAGUAGUACUGUAGUCUUACGGGUUUCAGUGUGUCAUCCUUUCUUGUAGAAACUGUCAUGAUUUAUUUAAUUUUUGUGGUCAUUAGUUUAAAUAUUACAGGUUGAUUCUACACAGAUUAUCUUUUGUUCACCUCAGGAAAUGUCUAACAUGAGAGUGCAAUUUUAAAAUUGGGUUGAAAUGUUUGUGAAUGAAUGGAUGAGCUUGUAUGGGGGGUGGAUGUGUGUGUUUUGUCUCUGUUGUUGCAUGCUAAUUUCGCAUAUUUUGUUCUUUAUUGGUUUAUGAUUACAUCAGACUGCUUGUUAGAUAACUGUUAGUUGUAGGAAUUUGUUGCAUUCAUAACCCCAAAAUCGGUAUUGAUGUAAUGUUUCCUUUUGAUUGCUUGAACGUUUUUGUAUGUUUAUUGAUUUGUUUAUGUAUUAGUUUUGAAAUAAGUAGUACUGUAGUGGGUAUUUGUUGUUUAGAUCAUACUGGGUAUUUCUUAUCUGGGGCUAUAAAUCAUGGCUGUUGAAAAGUCAGAAGUUUCCAAGUAAAGACUUCUGUAGGAACCAAAAGAUUUUUCAAUCUCGUGUGUGCACUUCUUUACACACUGUCUUGUUAGUUACUUCUCUGUAUAAAAAAAUCUAUUUCACGGCAGUUUUUUUUUUUUUUAGGCAAGUUGUUUGGAAUACCAUUUUUUUUACAUCAUAAGUGUGCAUGAUUAAAAAAAGUUGGAGCAUAAAAGUGCCAAAGCCCUUUUAAGAGCUUUAGCAUUUGUGGUAAGACUGUGUGUGUGUGUGUGUGUAAUUACCUAAGUGUAGUUACAGGAUGAGAGCUACGCUUGUGGUGUCCCAUUUUCUCAGCACUCUGUCAUAUAACGCUUUGAAACUACUGACUGUUUUGGCCUC